CCGCGUCUUACUUUUGAAUCCUCAUUCUCUACGCUCCUUUUACACUCUUUACCCCUUGGACGGGGGUUUCUUGUUGAUACUCCCUUCAAUCUCCUCAUCAUGGCGCCAAAAUUCAAAGACGGAGACGUCGUUGCGACGGUUAAUGGGAGGUGGAUAUCAUGGUCUCAUACAAUUGUGGCUUACUGCGCGUUCCUUGGAGCCCUCAUUGUCGGCCUGUCCCUGCAUUACCACAAAAUCGUUCAAAAUGAGUUCUAUGGCUACCCGCAAGAGUGGUUUCCGUCUGUUUCUUCCACAAUCGGCGACCGCUAUCCAGAACGUUCCGUAUUUAUGCUCUUCAUUGCAAUUACAUCUGGUCCUCGAUUCGCAUUAGUUACUCUAUGGUACAUCUUAACACGGAGACCGAACUCUACCCUACCAAAGUUCGUUGCUGGCGUUGGCAUAUUCCGGACGCUGACUUGCGGAGGAUGGACAUAUGUUACGUCUACUGAUGACCAUGACUGGCACGACAUCUUCAUGAUUUCCUACUUGGUCGCUACGCUUCCCUGGACUCUGGGAUGCUUGGCCCUGAGCCCAAGAAAUCCGACGGCCUUGAAGUAUAGGAAGAUAUUUGCUGGAUCUUUCUUCGGUACUCUUGUACCAUUGAUCUAUUUCUUCAUCCAACACAAAGUGCACCGAGUAGCUGGAGCCUACACCAUCUACUCUUUCUUUGAAUGGUCACUUGUACUCCUAGAUGUAGCUUUUGAUGCCGUCACAGCCAUAGAGUUUGCAAACUUCGAAAUUGUUGUAAAGGAUCUCCGAGGCAUCACUCGCGGUGCGGGCAACAAAGCCGUCUCCGGCGCCGUGCUGGAAAAGCAAAAGGACAGAGAGGUCGGUCAGGUCUUUGCUGGCGGGUUCUCCUGGCCUAGACUUCUCGACGCUGCAGCCGAUGUUUACAAUGGGUUUGCAUUUUGGUCUAUGCUGACCUCUCUCGGCUUGCUUGUGUGGUACUUCCCUCUGUGGCACAUGGGGAUUUCUGGCUACGAGGUUAUGGUCAUGUGUACCGUAUCGCCGUUCCUCCUCGGUAUCAAAUCUCUUCGCUUCCUCAUCAUCCGUCAAAUUCGGAUAUGCCAUUUACUGUCCCUCUCUGGAUUCCUCUCGUUCCUCACCAAAUCUCCAGAAAACCGGCUCUUCUCCGCUGGGUUCGGUGUAUGGAUGGCAUGCCUGUCCUGGGCCGCGACCUUCUACGCAGAGCGAUCUCAACCACACCGACUGGAGGCUCGAAUUUCGGCGUUCUGUCUAGGCUUACUCGCUUCUAGCAUCGCGAAGUUCGCUUUCUGGACGAACAACCCUGUCUGGCCGAUUAUGCAUGGACCGAAUGGCGGAUGGAACAAGCUUGGUCUUGCUUUGGCUAUCUUGGCUAUCUUGAGAUCAACUCGGUCAACUGUUAGCUCUGGCGCUGAUAUCCCAGCUCCCGGCCCUACCAAAGGGUCUCCAACUCUUGCCGGACUAGGACUUGCUGGUCUCUUCUUCGCCAUGCAUUCUCUCCUCUCGGAUUCCAGCACGAUGAUCCUCUGGGUAUGGGAGGGUUACCCUGUUCGUGGCCCAUUGGCCGUUCCACACGGCGCCUGGACCUUGAUUGCAAUGGGGCUCGGUCUCACGAUUGGCUUAUUCGCUCCAAAUCUUGCCAAGGGAUGGGCAUUCUUCGGAAUUGGGUCCAUCGGAGCAGCAAUUCUCACCACCUCCAGUCAUUGGUUUGGUUACUAUGGUGCUCUCUCUCUGGCGGUCUAUGUCAUGGCUAUUGCACCACCAUUUAUAUCCAACGCCGCGCGACACUCUCCUGCUCAAACGUUCGGCCUUGGCUUCCUCAUCUACAAUAUCCUCGUGCUUGCACAUGUCUGGGUUGUCGCGUAUGCGUUCGUCCCCGGUGGACCCCUCAUGCGAGAACACACCGAUUGGGUUAUGACUGCCAUGAUGCUAUUCAUUGGCUGUGGUGUCUUCUCCGCUACAGCCCAAACCUCUUCCCCGGCCAUCCAAAAAUACAAGGGCAAGCCAAAUCCCGCUGCUGGCAAGCAGCGCUCCUAUUAUCUCUAUGUCUUACUAGGUCUCGAGCUAAUCGCCGUCGCAAUCGCUUACCUCCGCUUCCCAAGCUAUAACUAUAGGCCAUACCACCCGGAGGAGAGGUCCGUCACAGCCGGUAUCUGGACCAUCCACUUCUCCCUCGACAAUGACAUGUGGAGCUCCGAACACCGCAUGCGCGACGUAAUCAAGGAACUCGAAAUCGACGUCAUCGGGCUCCUCGAGAGCGAUCUUCAGCGCAUCAUCAUGGGCAAUCGCGACACGACCCAGUUCCUCGCCGAGGACCUAGGCAUGUACGUAGAUUUCGGACCAGGCCCGAACAAGCACACUUGGGGCUCAGCUUUACUUUCCAAAUUCCCGAUUGUGAAUUCAACACAUCAUCUCUUGCCCUCGCCGGUUGGUGAACUAGCACCUGCGAUUCAUGCUACCCUGGAUAUGUAUGGGAAGCUUGUGGAUGUUUUUGUGUUUCAUUCCGGUCAGGAAGAAGACCCCGAAGAUCGAAGACUGCAGAGCGAGUAUUUGGCAAAGUUGAUGAGGGAGACGCCCCGUCCAGCAAUUUUGCUGUCAUAUUUGGUUACCAAGCCGUUGGAGGGUAAUUACAACACAUAUGUGGGUGAGAAGAGCGGAAUGCGUGAUAUCGAUCCAAGUGAUUGGGAUAGAUGGUGCGAGUAUAUUUUGUACAAGGGAUUGAAGAGGACAGGAUAUGCGAGGGUGAGCAGGAGUACGAUUACGGAUACCGAGAUCCAGGUUGGGAAAUUCGUCGUCGAUCAACCCGAGGGUGGAAACGAAAUCAUUCCCGAAGAUCACGUGCCUCCAGGUCUGAGAUUCCCGGCGCUGUUUAGAGGAGAGGGAGUUAGAGGGCAUGCGUAUCAUGUUUUCAAUGAGCCUAGGUACUAUGCGUGAGUGGGGCUGAAUCAGGUAUAAAAGAGAAUGAAAUCCGUAUUCGACACAGAUAUGUUUUGGUAGAGUAGGUAGGAGUAAUGCGACGGUAUUGUGG